AAAAAAAUAUUGAAAUAUUACCGAGUUUUGAAUUGGCUGAUGCUACAGUAAUGAGCAGCUGUGGAUGUGUAUUUGGGUAUAUCACAAAAUGUCAGUGUUUAAUUGUUUAAUUUUUUUUAAAUUUAAUUACAAAUAAAUUUUGAAAACAUAUUUUCUUUUUUAUUAUUUUAUUAUUAAAAUUCACGAAAUAUACGUUAAAGUCACGAAAUAUAUUAUAAAAACAAUACACAAAUUACAAAAAAAACAUUGAAAAUUUAAUUUAUUAUAAAAUGAAAAACACAUAAAAUUUAAUUUGCGGCAUUUUAUUUGUGACAAAAUUGUGAACUAACUUGCAGUCUAAAGACAUAAUCAAGCUGCAAUAUUAAGCGACAAAUCUAGCUCGCAAAAAUAUUGAGUCUUCACAAGUAGUUUAUAAUUGGUUUUUAUUGCAGGAAAUAAUGAAACGAACUUGAUGCAUAAUUAAUUUAAAGAAAAAAUAUUUAAAUGUAAUAACGCAGAACUUAAUAAAUAUAAAAACAGAUAACAAAGUAAAAGUGCUAAUUAAAAUGUUUUAAAUUAUAAAAUAAUUCAAAAAUUAGAAGGCAAAACUUAGUUUUGUAAGCACAAUUGGAAAUUCUUCAACUAAUUUUUUUAAUUCAACCACAUUUGUAGUUUUUCAAACCUACAUAACUAAAUUUCAAUACCAAAGAUUAAACAAAGAAAAAACGAUUUUGUCAACUUCAAAUUCACUGUUUUAAAAAAAUUAAAUUUUUAUUCUAAAUAAUAAAAUACCAAAAGUGUGAAAAAUUACAAAAAUAAAUUAGACAACACAAAAUUUUAAAAUCGAAAUAAUUAAAAAAUACAAACAAACAAAAAUCGAUGCAUAUUUGUACAUUAACGGUACAUUUGUAAACAAAUACAAAAUAAUUGUAACGAAACUACAAAACAACAAAAAGAAAACUACAAAAAAAAUCCAAUUUUUUAACACAGCGCAAAAAAAAAAGAAAAAAUUUGCAAAAAAAAAAAUUGAAGAAAACGAAAGUUUAUUUAUUUUGUCAAAAUAUUUUACAAUUUUGUUGCUCUUUUACAAUACUACUAUUGCCUCUCUCUACAAAAAACUGCAUCUGUGAAACAGAUAAAACACCAAAACAAUAACUCUGUGUUGUACUGUAGCUACAAAACUACCUAAAAAAACUCAUAUAAUUAUCAACUACAAAUUUUUUGUAUGCUACAUUGUAUUACUACAAGUAUUAAUUGUAUUGUUAUUAAUAUGUAGUUCUUACGAUACUACUUCAAACGUAGUAAAACAAAUAAAAGAAACAACAGAUAAAUAACCAUAGUAUUAGCAACAAAAUAAAACAAUUGCAAAAAUAAAAAAUGUCUGAAGCUGAAUUACGUGCAGUUGAACCAUUUUUACAAUAUGGCAAUGGUAAACCACCACCAAUUGUUGUUGUAGUUGGUGAUGGUAGAAGUCGUGUCAGACGCGUUGUUAGGCAAGCAACACGUCAUGUUACCGUUGUUAGUUAUUCAACUCGACAUAAGGAAACUCAUACACAUACAUCACAUCAUGUGACCACAGUCAGUUUCCCACAAAAAGUAAUCGAUCGUUCCCAAACGGGACAGUAUACCGCUUUACCAGGACCUGGUUCAAUAUCAUCACAAUCCACAAGUAGUGGUAUUGGUGGUUAUGUUUAUUUACAACCGUCACAACAACAUUAUGCUCCACCACCGCAACAACAGCAACAACAAAUAAUAUAUCAACAUCAGCCAUCUUCACAUCAAAUGUGUCAUCAAAACUCUUUAAUAAGUGGUGGAUCAUCAGCAGCAUCAUCAUCAUCAAAUAUUGUAGGUGUUGGUGGUAGUGGAAUUGGUGUUUCAUCAAAUAAUAGUAUAGCAUCAAAUUCAUCAUCACAACAAUCACAUUUUAGUCAUACAUCAACACAUCAUCAUCAUCAUCAUUUACAUCAUGGUGGUGGUGGUGUUGUUGUUGGUGGUAAUAAUGUUGGUAUCGCUUCCGCUCCAAUCGGUAUACCUAGCGGGCAUCCACAUCACGGUGGUGCAAUUGUUGUUGCUGGUACUGGUGUCGGUACAGGUGUCGGAAAUUCCGCUUUACAAACAAUGCAUAAGAAGAAUUCCGUACGAAAUAAUGGCGAUGUUUUAAAAAGGACCAGAGCACAAACAGCGUAUGAAUUAUCACAAGAUUUAUUAGAAAAACAAAUAGAAUUAUUAGAGAGAAAAUACGGUGGAUUACGUGCACGUAACGCCGCAAUUACAAUACAACGUGCAUUCCGUCAUUACAUGAUGGUUAAGAAAUUUGCAUCGAUAACAGCUAUGGCGAAAGCUGAAAAACGUUUAAGUCGCCGUAUGAUGUCAUUAACUGGAGCUGGUACAAUAAUUGGAGUUGGUAGUGAAGAUGGACCACCAUCUAAUACAUCAUCUUCCGCCUAUGGCAGUGCUAGCGAAUCGCAAAUUGAAAGUCAGAGUAAUGGACAAAUAUCAAUUCAACAAUCACUUCAAGGUGGUUCGGCACAGCAACAACAAGGAAGAGUUUGUGCAACUAUUACUGCUGGUCCUCCACCAGGAUGUCAUUCAAGUGGUUCUCCAUCAAAUCGUAUACCACCCACAAGAUCAAUGUCAUUAAGAGAGCGCCGUCAACUUGAUUCUAGCCCAAUACCAAGAAGUCAAUCUGGAAAUACUUCACCAAUGCCACCAGCAUCUUCUUCUUCAGCAUGUUGGUCACAAUCUUCUCAAACAUCUGUUCAAUCUGCACCGCAUCCACAUGUUAAUCUUUUACAUGCAUCUGAACAACUUUAUUACAGUCAACAACCACAUCAACCCACACAAUAUAUAUAUCAAGGACAAGCUUAUCAUUCCGUACCACAUGAUGCUAGUUUUAAUUCCACAUCAACGAAUAAUUCACAUAUGGAUUUAUCAUUAAAUUCAUCAUGGAAUUCGCCACAUACCCCUUAUUACACAGCAGCACAAAUUUAUAUGCGGCCCCGACAAAAUAGUCAUCUAAGUUCUAGUACUAGUUCCACAAAUAGCAGUUCAAGUAAACGAGUCCCUCCUGAAGUUCCGAAACGUACUUCGUCAAUGACAUCACAAGAACAGCGUUCAAUGAUGCGUCAAACUCCACCUCCACCAUCAUCAAUGGGUAGUGGUACAACUCGUUCAAAUGGCUUAUGCAAAACAUCUGAAAAUGGUAGUUUAACAUCAGUUCAAAGUUCUGGUAGUGAUUCUAGUGCAGAACGUAUGGUUAACUGUGAUUUAGGAUCAGAUCGUUCGAAUUCUCCGCAAACAUGGAAACGUGGUACAAAUUUAAAUAGUUCAGCACAAUAUAUUCAAUCUACGGAUCAUAUGAUAAUGAUGUCCGCUUCACAUCCGGCUCCAAAUAAUGCAAGUACAGUUGGCGCAAAUGAUGAUUUAAUAAAUUCACAUACUAGUGCUGCACAAUAUGAACAUCAACAUCAAGAUCAUAACGAGCAAAUGGCUGCUGUGGCCGCAGCACCACAAAACUAUAAAGUUUCAGAAACAAUUAGAAAACGUCAAUACAGAGUUGGAUUAAAUUUAUUCAACAAAAAGCCAGAGAAGGGAAUAACAUACUUAAUCAGAAGAGGCUUUUUGGAAAACACACCACAAGGAGUCGCAAGAUUUUUAAUUUCCCGAAAAGGUUUAUCGAGGCAAAUGAUUGGCGAGUAUUUGGGUAAUUUGCAAAAUCCAUUCAAUAUGGCUGUGUUGGAAUGUUUUGCUGCUGAAUUGGAUUUGUCUGGUAUGCAAGUGGAUGUGGCAUUACGAAAAUUCCAAGCGUAUUUCAGAAUGCCAGGCGAAGCACAAAAAAUUGAGAGGCUUAUGGAAAUAUUUUCUCAACGUUUCUGUCAAUGCAAUUCCGAUAUUGUAGGACGACUUCGAUCAUCAGAUACGAUAUUUGUUCUUGCCUUUGCCAUUAUAAUGUUAAAUACCGACCUGCACACACCGAAUUUGAAACCAGAACGUCGGAUGCGUGUGGAUGACUUUAUAAAAAAUUUACGGGGCAUUGAUGAUUGCCAUGAUAUUGACAGAGAAAUGUUAGUUGGCAUUUAUGAACGUGUUAAAGCCAAUGAAUUUAAGCCUGGAAGUGAUCACGUAACACAAGUAAUGAAAGUUCAGGCAACAAUUGUUGGAAAGAAACCAAAUUUAGCAUUACCACAUCGUCGUCUAGUCUGUUAUUGUCGUCUUUACGAGAUACCCGAUGUUAAUAAAAAAGAGCGUCCAGGAGUUCACCAACGUGAGGUGUUCCUUUUUAAUGACUUACUAGUUAUCACGAAAAUAUUUAGUAAGAAGAAAUCAUCAGUUACGUAUACAUUUAGGAAUAGUUAUCCACUUUGUGGCAUGGUUGUUACAUUGUUAGACGUUCCAAAUUAUCCAUAUUGUAUGAGACUCUCUCAAAAAGUUGAUGGUAAGGUUUUAGUAACUUUUAAUGCCCGAAAUGAACACGAUCGUUGUAAAUUUGCUGAAGAUUUACGUGAAAGUAUAAGUGAAAUGGAUGAAAUGGAGUCAUUACGUAUUGAAGCUGAACUAGAACGACAAAAAUCUUCAAGGGGUGGGAAUAGAGCAUCGGCUGGUGCUGAAAAUCGAGAUAGUGGAGUAGCUGAUGUUGAAGUUUGCCCAUGUCCAUAUCAAUCAGCACCAGGAACAGAAACUACAUUACAGAAUAGUGAAUCAUCGGCUCAGCUGAAACGUAGUGCAUUGAGCAAUAGUUUACUUGAUAUUCAUGAGCAGUUUGGUAAUGAAAAACCACAACGACGUGGUAGUGUUGGUUCACUAGAUAGUGGUAUGUCUGUUUCUUUCCAAUCAACAACAGCUAGUAAUGCAUCACGUGAAAAUGCUGCAAUGAUUGCGGCGGCAGCAAAUGCAGCUGCAGCUGCCGCAAAAAUCCGUUAUCCAGUUCCUGGAUCACAACAGUCAGCACAUCAUAUAAUUAAUAAUCAUCAACAUCAUCAUCAUCAGCAACAGAUACAUCCGCAAACAACUUAUCAUUUACAUGGUCCAGUACAUACGCACCCAGUUCCUGUUACACCACAAUUACAACAACAGCAACAACCGCAAACAGGUCGUAUUCCAGGACGUGAACGAAAAGCUUCACGAACAGAUAACGAAAAUAAUCGUUCGACAGAAGUUUAAAAUAAACGUAGUUGUGUAGGAAAAAAACAAGAUAAAACAAAAUAAAAUUAAGUUAAUCAAAAUUAACAAAUUUUUAGUAUCGAAAACCAAAUUUCGAAAAUACACAAUAAUUAAAUUUAAUUGUAAUAUUUAAAAAAUGUAUUUGAAAAAAAAAAAUUUUUUAAUUUAAAUUCGCGAAAAAAACUACACACAAAUACAUUCAUUUAAAAAUCCAAUCUUGUUUUGUGUGAUUAGCAUUUAAUAUUUUAUCACAAAUUAGUGGCGUUUAUUAUUUGUCAUUUUCGAUUAAUAAAAGCUUCUUAAAUUGUAAAACAAACCCUUCAAUUGAAAUUCGAUAUUGACAUCGUUAUGGAGGAUUGAUUUACUAUUGAUUUUUACUAAUUCAAGCUGAAAAUUUUCCUUCUUUAAAUUCGAGUUUACUUGAAUUGAUUUCCAUAUUUUCAUCUUGAAUUUGUGAAAUUCUUUCGAAAAAAUAAGACCUUAUUUUAAAGUAGAAAAAAAAAAAUAAAAUGGCAAAAAAAAUGAAAAAAAAAAAAAAUCAAAA